GCAGGUGCAGGUUUUCAGGCCCAUUAGCCGGAGGUCUGGGUCCCGCGCAGACUGGCGUCUGUCAGUCAGGCGCCGCGAGUGAGUCGGGCAGGGGGCUGCUGGGCGCGGCGUCCCCUCCGGCUGAGGACAGUCGGUUGGCGGGAGCGCGCGGGAGUCCGCGGGGACGCGCAGCGCUGUGAGGCCUGCGCGCCAGGCUGCGGAAGCCAUGCGGCGGACACGGGCCGCCGAAGCCUCCCAGCUGCGGGAAACCAAGCGUUCGGGGUCGUCUGGAGCCACCGUGACUGCCGUUCCGGCCCCGGGCGACAGCCGUUCGAGGCGCUCCAGCAGCAGGGCCGGGGGCAGGAAACAGACCGCCAGCAGACAGCCGUCGGCGAAGCGGCGGCCGAAGGUGCCGCCGCCGCGGGCCCAGGAGACGGGCUGCGAGGAGCCUCCGCCGCCCGCGGAACUCGCGCCGCUCCCGCCGCCGCCGCCCCCGACCCCGGCGACCCCGACGUCCUCAGUGUCCACGCUCGACCUGGGCGAGCAGCGGGAGCGCUGGGAGACGUUCCAGAAGCGGCAGAAGCUCAACUUCGAGGGCGCCGCCAAGCUCCUCCUGGACACCUUUGAAUACCAGGGCCUGGUGAAGCACACAGGAGGCUGCCACUGUGGAGCUGUUCGUUUUGAAGUCUGGGCCUCAGCAGAUUUACAUAUCUUUGACUGCAAUUGCAGCAUCUGCAAGAAGAAGCAGAAUAGACACUUCAUUGUUCCUGCUUCUCGAUUCAAGCUCCUGAAGGGAGCUGAGAGCCUAACAACUUACACAUUUAACACGCACAAAGCCCAGCAUACCUUCUGUAAGAAAUGUGGUGUUCAGAGCUUCUACACUCCCCGCUCUAACCCUGGAGGCUUUGGAAUUGCUCCACACUGCCUGGAUGAGGGUACCGUACGGAGCAUAGUCACUGAGGAAUUCAAUGGCAGUGAUUGGGAGAAGGCCAUGAAGGAGCACAAGACCAUCAAGAACAUGUCGAAAGAAUGAAAUUCUGUUUCUACCUUCCUGGAAAGGAACAAUGAGUGGGGCCAGCAGCUCUAUAGGUCUUAUCACACCUUGAUGGUGCCCAUGGUAUGGCUGACCAGGCUACUGGCACUGUUGGCUGGCAGCCAUCUUGUCCUCUGAAGUUUGCUCCAGCUACCAGUUCCUUUAGGCAGCUCUUUAUUCUUCCAUAGCGCAGAUUUUGAUGUAGGAUAGUUGACCCUUUUACUUCUUUUUGCCAAAUUUUGUGUGAUCUUUUAGAAAAUAAAUAUUUUUAACAUGGUUACUA